CCAACACCCUCUCAUAUUUCUCUCUCUCUCAAAAGACCAUUUCCUGAGUUUUGAGUGUUAAGGCAAUAAGAAAAAAAGAAAGAAAGAAAUGCUUCUCUCUCUUGUACACACCAGCAGCUUCACAUCACCUUUUGAAUCCAAAAACUAUACCAGCAAUCUCAAUCCCACCACUUUGCUGUUGCCCAACUCCUUCUUUCCAGACUUUCAAACUGAAGUGCCCACAAAUGCCCUCAAAAGUUUACUUUGUUUGAGUAGUAAAAGAAGAUCACAGAGUAAGAGAGCUUUCCCUACCACCACUACUCAUGCUUCUCUGCUUGAAGCUCCUGUUUUGUGGGCUGGUAGGCUUUGCAUCUUCUAUGCCCUCUUGAAGGCUGGCUUGGCUGGAUCUCAAUCUAACCCACUUGUCUCAGAAUUGGAAGGUGGUGAUGGUGGAGCUGGUGAUUUGGGGUUCUCUCAGUGGUUGGAGAACAUACAAGGGAAACCAGUUAAUGAAGCAGCUGACAAAAGGAAAUUAGUGAGUAAAUGGCAUCCUACAACAAAGGGUACACUUAGAAGGAACUACAGAGUGCCGUCAAAAUCUGAGGGGCGGCACCUGCUUAAAGCCAUUGCUUCCCUAUUGUCAGAUGAUGAUCACUUCACAGACGCCACUUCCCACAAGGGCUGUCAAAUUAGAAGGGAGACUGCUCAUGGAGAAAGUGUUUGUUGUAACAACGUGAGGGCUCUGUUUGAUGAGCUCCCAACACCCCACCUAACUGUUGAAAUCACACCUUUUCCAGCUGGGCCUCUCACAGAAAAGGAUUACACCAAGGCUGAGAAGCUUGAGAGGGUGCUCAGAUCCGGUCCUUCUAUUUGAGUCAUCUUUGAUAACUUUCUCUUUGUAUGUAAUUAGUGCUAACAUUGUAUAUAGAAAAUGUCACGUACUGUUCUCUUUAAUAAUGCACUUCAGUUCAUUUCUGACUA